AGUAGGACGUUUGAGGGUCUGUAGGUCUGAGGGACUUCUUCUUGCGUGACGAUCGGAAGGUUUUAAGGCUGGGAGGUUUAGGUUCUACCUAGGCCAGUGGGCAUGUGAAGUUAGCCGCUUUUUAUUUUCGUCUUCUUCUUCUUCUUCUUCUUCUUCUUUUUUGUCCUUCGGAUUAUGAUCAAUGGAUAGGUGCAAGAAGGACUUACUAGGUUGGAUUAAGACACAUUUGGAGGCGGGAUAGGUCAUUGGAGGUAGCAAUUGUGGCGAGUGUGAAAAGAGAGUUAGAUUGUGACGAUUGUUUCUAGCAGCAGUUGCUCAGAGGUCUCUGCAGUGGACAAUGAGGGAAACAGCGUGCAUGACAUUUAGGCGUCGGAGUGACUGUGUAAAGAUCAAGUUUUAAGGAGCUGCUGCUGCGAGGAUGUUGCCUCUUGUGCCGUGAUUGACCGGAGGUCAGUCUUCUACUUUGACGGAGCCCUCUUCUCCCUCUCGAUUUUAAUUUCUAGUUUUUAAUAAUUUAAUUUUUUUGGCUUCUUUUCCUUUUGGAUGGAUCAUCUGCAAUGAAGUUUGGGUGAAAUUGCUGCGCGUUGUGUGACUUUUCACCCUCUGCAUCUGCUUUCACUCUGAGGACUGUGUGGCAUUGCACACUGAUUGUUAUUCAGUCAGCACAUGGGGCUCAAACUGCUCCCCUUUUUGUAAAUAGAGAUUGAACUAUGAGCAUCGGUCUGUUUCGUAUCAGUGAUUAAAGUCUGUUCCUUUAUCUUUCAUAUCCGUGAUUUAAGUCUCCUGCAAACUUGGACUGGUUGAAUUGAGUAGCACAUUUUCCAUUCCAACAAUCCUCAUCUGUCGUUCACGCGAAACUUAUAGAAUGGCACCCCUUGAGAUUUCACAUGUUAAUAUGAGGAGCGUAGAAUGCGGUUAUGCGUCUUAGUGAAUUAUUUUUGCCAUAUUAACUACUGAAAUAUAGAAUUAUUUCAUAGAAAUCAGCCCAGGUUAACUUGCCCAACGUUUGCUGAUUGAUUAGCCUCCAGUCAUGAUCCCAGCAACCGUUUGGGGUCUCUGUAGAUGAUCAAGGACAUCGUAGUUUUGAUACUCUCUGAAAGUGAUUCAUGAUACACAUUGCGGGUUUCAGUCUAGUCUUAAAAGUUUUAGAGUUGUGAACAGGUUAGUCCGUUUGUUUUCUUGGAUAUUGCAUUCGCCGCCUUUGACUCUAGUUUUCCGUUUCCUUUUCUUUGAGGUGUACGUGGUAAGGAGCGCAAGUAGAUCACCGACAUGUACGAAGAAGUUGGAGGUCAAGACGACGUUGUGAAAUCAUGGGGUGGUCAAUGGGCGAUACGAAGGUUCUAAAGUAGUGACUUCGGGAAUCUAGUGAUGUUCUCAAGCUAGUGUUCACAGGGAUAAGCAGGAAAGGAAUCACUGAAGGGAAAAGGAGCUGUGUUUUGAAUACUGGUUAUAUCAGGAAGGAUCAAGAAAUUCAGACGACCUCCAUAUUGGAUCUUGAAUAUUAUACGUUUUAAAUUUCUCGGUACAGGUAUUGUUGCAUAAAUAGCGUGGUGAUACGUCUUGUCACGAACACUUCUGAGAAUCUGGACUAAGAGUUGGAAAGAGAAUUUGUUGGAGCUGAAGCGUAACUAGUUUUAGUUCUUUGUAUCGUCGGCGAUGGAGACAACGUGUGAUUUUUGCGGCGAAGGCCAGGCAACUGUGUACUGCAGAGCAGACUCAGCUCUGCUCUGCCUUUCAUGUGACCAGCACGUGCACAGUGCAAAUGCACUGUCACAACGCCACUCUCGCACUUUGUUAUGUCAUGGCUGCAACAUGCGCCCUGCUGGGGUUCGGUGCACAACCUGUCAAAAUUGUUUUUGUCAAACUUGUGACGAUAAUACGCACAGUCCUUCCAUGAUGUCCGCUCAACACCAGCGGCACGUCUUGGAGUGCUUCACUGGGUGCCCCUCUGCAUCCGAGCUUGCAGCUCUGUGGGCUUGCGACAACUGCAGUGAUGUUGGUGGACCCAUUUCAUCAGUCUUUUCUCGGGGGUUGAAUAGUAAAUGGGCAGAAAUUGCUGGUUCUAGUGCCACCAGGUCGACUGUAGCAAGAGAGAAUCAGAUGGGUGGUGCUCAAAGGAUGGACUCUAGUUCAGGAGUCGCUGCUGUUGGCGUCACCAACAUAUCUAGUGCUGCGCCUCCUCUGCUUGCCAAGAGUGCAGUACUUCCGAGCACCUCAGCAGUGGCGAGGCAACAAGAACAGGGUUGUAUUGAAAAAGAAAUAUCCCAGCAACUUCAAGUUCUCCAGGUCCAAGAUCUGGCUCGUACUUCUUCAGCAUCCUUGCCAGUUCAACAGGCAAAGCGACAAUGUGUGAACACCCAGACUAGCAGCCAGACGCAGCAAGAGUCUGAGCAAUGUUCACCCAUGCCUGUUCGUAGACACUCAGACCAGCAGCCUGCGCAGAACUCUGGAGUUUCUGGAGGUGAGUCUAGCAUGGGGGUUGAUGAUGGUCAGAUGAUGAAGCUGGAGGAUGGACCUAAUGACCUCGUUAAUCAAGGUGGUCCUGACCCUUUCUGGCGGAGUAAUGCCUUGACUCAAGCUACUCAGAUGUGGGGGCAGAACAUGCAGGACCUGGGAGUCUGUGGAGAGGUUUCCGAUCCUUGUGACGCUUUUAGUAUGGCUGACGUGGAUCUAUUUUUUGACAACUAUGAAGAUAUGUUCUCUAGUGGCUCAGGUCCCUCUAGAUCUUCAUUUGAAGAAAUAAGCCCACGAUGCUCUUCCAUUGGUCAAGAUUCAGCAAAUGCUAGCAACGACCAUGCCCGCAUGCAGAGCAUUCCCGAAGCAGAACUGUUCAAACCCAUCAAUCAAGAUGCUGCAACCACAGCCAAUGAUAUCAAGUUGAGGGAGAACAUGGUUAGGCAAGCGGGUCCGGGUCCUGGUCCUGUUCCACCAGAGCUUCAUGAGAUGGCAGUUUUAAUGGCAAUGAACGACAUGGAUAGAACCCCCUGCAAUAUGGGAUCGCAAUUUCCGGCAGGACCUGCUUUAACCAGUCGCUCUCUUACACUUCCUGGUCGGAGCGGUGACAGUGGUGAUUAUCAAGACUGUAAUUUAUCACCUUUGUUUUUCAGCUCUGGGGAGGCUUCCUUGGGCUCCAGGAGUCCAGACAGUGUUUCCAUCGCCCAAGCACGUGACUCCGCAAUGCUUCGUUACAAAGAAAAAAGAAAAAUUCGCAGGUUCGACAAAAGGGUUCGGUACGAGUCUCGCAAAGCCCGUGCAGAUAUCCGCAAGAGGGUGAAGGGUCGGUUUGUGAAGGCAGGGCAGGCCUAUGAUUAUGAUCCUUUAGCCACCACACGGAGCUUCUAGAUUGUUCCUCCCCUCAGAUGUGAACAUGCAGCAACAACAUUUUUGAGAGGUCUACAUCUGUUUGGGCCCUUGAAAAUGUAUAAAUGAACCAGGAGCAUGUUGUCUCACUAGUUCAUGUGGUAUUACAGGUACAUAGUGUGAUGUUUUAUGCAAGGGUGUGGCAGGUUUAGGACGUGGCAAGAAAGUCUAGCUCUUUUGAUUUCAAAAUUGCAUUUUGAAGUUCGUGUCCCUGAGCAGGGUCCUUGUCAUUAUGGAUCUUGCACAUGGGCUCCGUCACUUGUGUGUGUAGACUGCCGAUUGCGUUUACUGUGGACUGCUCAACAUGUUUGGAGUUGUAGGUUUUGUCGCUGGGUGGCUCGCCGACUGUAGGCUAGAUGUACCAUAUUAAUUAAUCUGGUUGUUGAACCAUCUCUUGGUUUAAGUCCUCGCAAGUUUCUACAUUUUAGCAUAAUUGCAAAGACUUGACAGGCUGCUCUCACUGCAGAGAGCAGCCUUGUUUGUAUGAUAAAAGGAACUCCAUCGCAUUGGCUACUGCGAUUUUAUUUGGAAAGUUCAGUUUGCAUGUUGCAAUCACAGCCCUUGAAA